AAACAGCUCCAAUAAUUUAGCUAGCUAGCUUUGGUAACAGUUAGAGAGUGUUCAGGAUUGUUCAGGAUGUUCAGGAUGAAAAUUGUCGCUUUAUAGCGAUUUGAAUAUUUAUAUAAAGUUAGCUCACACAUCUAGAGGAGGAACAGCUGCAGAGUCUGCAGCAGGAGCAGUUCCUACACACUGCUGGCUUUUCUGAGUUUGUCAGAAACAUUUCGCUUAACAGAUAUUUCUUUAAAAUGCUGGCUAUAGAUGGCAUGAAGUUUCAAAUCCUUACCCUCAUCAUGGCGAAUAGCAUAAAACCAUUUCUUACUCACAACCACAUCGGUGGGAAAUGAGUGCGAGCUCAUGUAUGGAUUUUUGCUUGAAUUAUAUUGUAUUUGCUGUCACUGUUGACUACCUAAUCAGAAGUUUUGAAAUACUACUAUCGAUGCUUCCUCAGUCGUGAACACGGAAGUGUAUUCAUCUUAGUAACCGCUAUGUCAUGAAUGCCGGCCAAGAGGCAGAAAAAUACCCUGGAAAAAGACGCCAGUCCAUUGCAGGCCAUCUUACAUGAGAGGAGGAAGGAAACAGGAGAACCCAGAGGAAACCCACAUGGAGCUAUGAAGCACCAACCCGAGAGUGUGUGAGAGAGAGAGAGAGACAGAGAGAGAGAGACUAAAAUAAUGAAAUCCCUUGAGUGAAUGAGUUGCCAAAUUUACCCAAAUGACUGCAGGACACUGAAAGUGUAUUGUGAAGGCAAUUUGUAGUCCCAAAAAACCCCCAAAACAUUUCAUUGUGAUUAUUUAUUAUGAUUAGACAGUCACAUUCAGCUAGAUUCAUGCACAUAUCAACAGAUCUCAAGGGUAAACCCUCAUCAGGGCAGCAUUACAUAGGUCGUGCGUGUGUGUGUGUGUGUGUGUGUGUGUCCUGCAUGCGGGUCUGUAUUAACGCAGGUAGUUGUUUUCACUCUAAACUGCUUGUGUUGAGGCUCAGGACUCUUUAUUUUUUUUUUAAAUUAUUAUUUUUAUAUCAGAUCUCUGGAGGGCUUGCUGCUUCCCUAAGGCACAAGCACAGUCAUUAGCAGCUAUGAUGUAUGAGUGUGCGGUGUGCACGUGCAGUUUUAUACUCGAUUAUACUCGUGUAAUCAUCUAAGACUCCUGAGACGUUAUAAUGAUUUGUACUCAUAACUGUCCCUCAUUAUUAUAUACAAUGGCAAUCAUAAGAAAGUCUUUCGUUUGCGUUAAAAUGACGUAACUACAACAGUUAAUGCGCCCUUCUGCCCCCCCCCUCACUCCCGCAGUUGGUACGGUCCGUUAAGGAGCUGUUCGUCAUCCUUCAGCGCGCAGUUCUAUGCGCGAGAGCAGCAACAGAGCUCAUACGUCGUUCCCUCUCUCUCGCGCGCGCUCUCUCUCUCUCUCUCUGUGUGUGUGUGUGUUUAGAUUAACGUCAUCAUGGAAUUCAAAACACUUUCAUUCAGUUUCCGUAAAGCUGGGUGCAGCGUUUAGAUCGUCGCGCUGUAAAAACGGUCCGAAAGAGACGUGUUUCUGAUGAGCUGCAGCGGGUGAUCUCUGAAAGGAUGGAGGACGGAGAGCAGCUCGCGCGGCGCGGAGACGCCACCAUCGGUCGCGCGGGUCAGGAGCAGAACGAGCUGCUUGAGGAGCUGGUGGCGCGUGACGAAACGGGAGAAGUGGGAGCGCGAGACACAGCCACGGUGGAGAGGAGACAGCCACGCAGCUGCCACGACGCUGUCAGGCAGAGAGGCACUGAGGUCAGCAACUUAACAAACCUCAGCACCCACGAUACAACACUGGAUAAAGUGCUGCUGCGUGAGGAGGUGCUGGCUCUGCAGGAGGAGGUGGCUGAGCUGAAGCGGAUGAAGGAGAUGCUGAAUAAGGAGCUGGAGGAGUGUGGGGGUGGAUGUUCUGCUGAACUGCUCUCUGCCGCUGAACUUCGAGUGCAGCUCUCCCACCGAGAGCGAGACCUGGACCGGGCCAGCGAGGCACUGCAGGCGAUGAAGGCGGACCGUAAGCGGUUGAAGAUGGAGAAAGCCGAGCUGGUGAAUCAGAUGCAGCAGCUCUAUGCUACGCUGGAGAGCCGGGAAGAGCAGCUCCGAGACUUCAUCCGCAAUUACGAGCAGCACCGCAAAGAGAGUGAGGAUGCAGUAAAAGUGUUGGCUAAAGAGAAGGACCUGCUGGAGAGGGAGAAGUGGGAUCUGCGGCGUCAGACUAAAGAAGCCACCGAGCUCGCGGUUGCGCUGCGAUCCGCCCAGGAACUGAAAGAGAACAGAAUCAAAGAGCUGGAGGCAGAACUGGCCAUGAUGAGUAACUAUGUGGCCCAGAAACUCGAGUGUCAGCUGUUUGUUCGAGCGCCCGAAAAGCCAGUCUCCCCCAGAAACAUGUCGGCUAAGCAGUCUCUGGCAACGCUCACUAAGGACGUUCCUAAGCGCCACUCUCUGGCCAUGCCCACAGAGGCUGUCGUCAAUGGCAACCAGGAGUGGGUGAUGCAUGCGGAGAUGCCUCUUACUGCAGCCAUCCGUCAGAGUCAACACAGCCUUUAUCACACACUCGACAGACAUGUGUUAAAGGCUGUGCCCCAGUGUGUGUGUGAUGUUGACGGAGUGUGUGUGGCACACGCCUCAGGCAGUCUUCGCCUCAGUCCUUGUCACUCACGGCAACCGUCAAUGAUGUCAGACGCCUCUGCUCUGGAGGGAGAGCGAUCAUCCACGCCGUCUGAGCUCAACUCACCACGACACAGAACACACUCUCUCUGCAACUCUUUAGAAGACCUGGAGGACCAGAAGAGGAGAAAGAAGAAGGAGAAGAUGGGCCUGAGCUCUCUGUCACGCGUGUUCGCCCGAGGAAAACAGAGGAAGUCUCUCGACCCUGGCCUUUUCGACGACUCUGACAGCCUGUCCAGCCCGGGCCGUCUGAGUGCGAACCUGUCGGACAGUGAGGAGCAGCUUGACAAACUGCAGCAGGUGGAGCUGGCGCGGGCCGUGCCCAUGUCCCGGUGGCGAGCUGGCACUGUUCAGGCCUGGCUCGAGGUCAUCAUGGCCAUGCCCAUGUACAUCCGUGCCUGUGCAGACAACGUCAAGAGUGGCAAGGUGAUGUUAGUCUUAACUGACACAGAUCUGGAAGCUGGUUUGGGGAUCAGCAACUCUAUGCAUCGCAGAAAACUGCGCCUGGCCAUAGAGGAUUACAGACAGGCUGAAUCGGGUCAUGGACUAUCGAAUGCUGCAGAUCUUGACCACCACUGGGUGGCGCAGGCAUGGUUAAAUGACGUAGGCCUGCCGCAGUAUUCCCAGUUCUUCCACACACACUUAGUUGAUGGACGCCUAUUGAGCACACUCACACGAGCAGACCUGGAAAAGCACCUGCAUGUGUCCAAAAAAGCCCACCAGAGCAGCCUGCUGCUGGGAAUCCAGCUCCUACACAUGCUUAACUUUAAUAAAGAGCUGCUGCAAGCAAGGCGAGAAGACUGUGAGAACCAGAACUCAGACCUUCUGGUCUGGACCUGCCAGCGCAUUAUUAAAUGGCUCAGGGACAUCGACCUGAAGGAGUUUGCUGGCAGUCUUCAAAACAGUGGUAUUCAUGGUGCUGUCAUGGUGCUUGAUCCUUCCUUUAACACAGACUCCAUGGCAACAGCAUUAGGUAUCUCUGCAAGCAAGCACAUGGUCCGUCAGCACCUGAGUGAAGAAAUGAAAGCCCUCCUUGCUGCUGCAAGACUGGAACUGGUUGAACAGGAAGUUGAGACCGUGGGAACUCCACCCACUAUAUCCCGUCAGAGCUCUCUGGGACGCUGCACGAUAAGCCACUAUGAUGGCCAACACUCCUUCCGACAGCUCAAAGUCAGGCCUCAGGUAAGCUUCAAUCUGAAGAGCCAUAGUGGAGUGGACAUCACGUCUCUAAACGCGAGCUGUGAGGAUGCCACACCCCAGUCAGAAAACAGUCCAGCCAGAAACCUCUCUGCUGCUGACCUCACUAAUGUCUAAUCCUAAUUCUAUAAUCGUAAAACAUGGUCCAAAGACAUAAUGAGCCUGAUCUCAAGUGUUUUAGCUGUAAUCAAAUGGAACGAUGGAAGUCGAUGGAAUAGACAUUUAUAUGAAUUUAUGCUUGUCAGUCAAAACCUUUUCUCUGGACAUUUUUUAUGAUAAUGUUAUUAAAUGUAUGUUUUGUAUUGCCAACACUGGUGCUGGGGUAAGAUUUGGACUCAGAUUUAGUUUUGGCACAAAUACUGCACCUGAUUUAACUUCAUAUAACAUCAUCCCAUAAUACAUAAUAAACAUCUAGGGUCUUUUUUAUGAACCAUAUAAUGAAACAGUCGCUAAUAUUUCUGCAAAUCCUGCAAGUAAGGCUUUGUUUUGUCCAAUUCAUAAAAUCACUAACAAAUAUAGAGCUUUGUAAAUAGCAUGAAAGAAUUAUAAAUUGUAUCUUGUGUCUAACGCUAUGGACAUACAGUUGAUUAAGCCUUAACCUUGCCCAUCUGCCCAUUAAGUUAUUGACAAUUGAAAAUAAUGCACAGCAAAUAAUGUACAGGAAAUCGACUCUGUGUGACUCACCUGGUUCUGCAGACACAGGCUAAGCCUGGUCUUAGACUUAGAAGACUAUUAAAGGAGAGACCCUGUAGAAAAUAUAAAUUAGUCCAGGCCAAGACUUAACCUGUGAGUUAAAAACCAAGAUAAAAGGUAAGAAACAAAUCUGAGGCUGUUUUUUAUCCUUUAUAGACGUGUCUCACCCUGCACAGCGUCAGAUAAUCUACUAACAACACUAAGCUAAACCUGGGAGAAAGCUCUAAUUAUCUCUAACCUCAAUGACUAAUAAAUUAAUUCUCUCAAACAGAAAAGCCAGGCUUCUCUGUGAUUAGGUGGUUUUGGCAAUUGGUACCUGUAAGCUUUUUUUUCCAUUUUUGAUUUUUCUUUUUUAUAUUAAAGAUCGAUAUAAAGCCAAUGAGGGCAGUCCAAUAAUUGUAAAUGUAAAACAGUAAAUGAUGGUUGAUGAAAAUCUGACAAGGUCAGUCCUAUAAUCUCACCAUGGAAAAUUUAGUAUUAGUAAUAGUACUUUAGAACCUCUGCCCUCUGAGCCCCGAGUCAUGUGAUAACUCACCUACACAAUGGCACCAAGACUGCUCAUAAAGCUGGUUAAACAUUGCAGCACACCCCCGCUGCUCUGAGAAAACCUAUCAUAUACAUGUGAUAGCAUUCCAUUGGCAUAUUUGGAGUUUAUGCAUCACAGAUGUCAGCAUAUUUAUAUGGUUAAAACCCAAAAGAAACAUCUGGGAUUGGUCCGGAAAUGGCCACUAUAAAACAGUUAAGAGGGAUGAGUUACAUUGUGUUUGCUGAUCUCACUCUCGCCAAGGCCAAUAUUGCAAUAAAUAACCAUUUAUUAUGCAUCAUAGGUGUCAUAUGGUUUAGUGGUUUAGAAUAAGACAGAAUGAAAGAAAGAAAGAAGGGGAAUGCACUUGGUUUGCCACAUGGUUGGCACAAGGUGUCACCCUUCAUAUAAGCCUCCUUAGCCCAACUCUGACCUCAAAUCACAUCUCUCAGAUGUUUAUUACUCCUUUACAAUUCAUCACUCCUAUGCAACUCUUGCAGACAUAUGAAUUAUAUCUAACUUCAGACGUGAUGAAUCAUACCAUUGUCCUCCUUAAUGGCUUUACCCUGGUUAGGGCACAAGAUGGGAUAAUUCACCCUGGACAGGACACCAGUCCAUUGCAGGGC